AUGUUAGUUUGUGAUAGUCUUAAUAGACCAGAUCAAGUAUGGGAAAAGACGUGGCAUUGGUUGUCUGAUGGAAUACUGCACAAAGAAAGAAUAACAACUGCAAAUCCAGAAUUGCAACUUAGCAAUGACACCUUGAAAAAUUUAACUUUAUCUGAAAUUGAAGACCUUCUUCUGAAAAAUAGGAGAAGUUUGAAACAGUUUCCUUCAAUGCCUUAUCCUGAUGCUUUUGCAACAACUAAUUGUGGUUCUGAUGUUGCCCACCUAUUAAGAGUAGCUCAUCUUAUAAUAUGGGAUGAAGCACCAAUGGCACACAAAUUUUGUUUUGAAGACCUGGAUAGAACAUUAAAAGACAUUAUGAAAGAUGAUCUAACAUGUAAUUCAGUUUUUGGAGGGAAAGUAGUUGUAUUUGGAGGUGAUUUUAGACAGAUUAUACCUGUCAUUCCUAGAGGAAGUCGAUCAGAUAUAGUCCAUGCUACAAUUAAUGCGUCAUACCUAUGGAAUCACUAUCAGGUAUUGACAUUGUCCAAGAACAUGAGACUUAUGCAAUCAGGACUCAAAAAAUCUACAGCAACAGAAAUUGAACAAUUCUCUGAUUGGAUUGUUAAACUUGGAGAUGGAAAGUUGUGUGAACCAAAUGAUGGAGUGGUUGAAAUCGAAAUACCACAUGAAUUUCUGAUAAUAGAAUUCAGUGAUCCUCUUCAAGCAAUUGUGGAUUCCACUUAUCCAGAACUAAUUCAAAAUUACAGUGAUAAAAACUAUCUAAAGAGCAGAGCAAUAUUGGCCAGUAGAAUCGAGACUGUUGAUGAAAUCAAUGACUACAUUUUGUCAUUGAUCCCAGGAGAACCGAAAGAAUAUCUUAGUGCAGAUUCAAUUGAUAAAUCUGACAAUUUCACAAAUGAUGACAUGGAUGUCAUUACACUAGAAUUUCUAAACUUAUUGACUAUUUCAAGAUUGCCAAGUCAUAAUAACAUCAAACUCAAAAUUGGAUCACCCAUAAUGUUAUUAAGAAAUUUGGAUCAAUUUGAGGGUCUGUGCAACGGAACCAGAUUAAUUAUUACUAGACUGGUAAAUCAUGUCAUUGGUGCAAAGCCUAUUACAGUGAACAACAAUGGAAAUGAAGUAUAUAUACCUAGAAUAUCUAUGUCCCCAUCCCAGUCCCCAUGGCCAUUCAAGCUAAUUAGAAGGCAAUUUCCAAUCAUGUUAUCCUACACCAUGACAAUAAACAAAUCUCAGGGACAAUCAUUAGGUUCGGUAGGAUUAUACCUACCCACACCAGUAUUUAGCCAUGGUCAGUUAUAUGUUGUAGUUUCUAGGGUUCAGAGUAAAUCAGGAUUAAAGAUAUUAAUCCAUGAUAAAGAAAAAAGACCUUUGUCUCAUACAACAAAUGUUGUUUUCAAGGAAGUCUUCCAGAAUGUAUAA